GGACAGAGCCGGCUGCGGACAGACCCGGGCUUGGGACAGACCCCGGGACAGAGCCAGCUCCGGACAGACCCGGGCUUGGGACAGACCCCGGGCAAACUUGGGACAGAACGGGCUCCGGACAGACCCGUUCACCGGACAGACCUGGGACAGAACCGGCUCCGGACAGACACGUUCACUGGACAGAUCUCGGCUUGGGACAGACCCCGGCUUGGGACAGACCCCGGCUUGGGACAGACCCCGGACAGACCUGGAACAGACCCGGUUCCGAACAGAUCCGGGCUCUGGACAGACCUGAGACAAAGCCGGCCCCGGACAGAGCCCGGCCCGAGGCGGGCCCCCGAAGGACUCCGGCCCGUGCCUGACCCUGGCCCCGGCCCCUGUCUCCUGCGCUCUGGGCCCGCGUCUUCCUCUUGAGGGCGGCAGCAGCGGCGGCGGGGCGAGGGCGCCCCCCGGCGGCGGGGGCAUGCGUGGCCCGCGGCAUGGCCUCGGCGGUGUUUGAGGGCACGUCGCUGGUGAACAUGUUCGUGCGCGGCUGCUGGGUGAACGGCAUCCGCAGGCUCAUCGUCAGCCGGCGCGGCGACGAGGAGGAGUUCUUCGAGAUCCGCACCGAGUGGUCGGACCGCAGCGUGCUCUACCUGCACCGCAGCCUCGCUGACCUGGGCCGCCUGUGGCAACGGCUGCGUGACGCUUUCCCCGAGGACCGGCCAGAGCUGGCGCGCGGACCUCUGCGGCAAGGACUGGUUGCCAUAAAGAAUGCGCAUGACAUAGAGACCCGGCUCAAUGAAGUGGAGAAGCUGCUCAAGACGAUCAUCAGCAUGCCCUGUAAAUAUUCUAGGUCAGAAGUGGUGCUCACUUUCUUUGAAAGAUCUCCCCUGGAUCAGGUGUUAAAAAAUGAUAAUGUGCAUAAAAUUCAGCCCAGCUUCCAAAGUCCAGUCAAAAUAUCAGAAAUCAUGAGGUCCAAUGGCUUUUGCUUGGCGAACACGGAAACAAUCGUCAUCGACCACAGCAUACCGAACGGGAAGGACCAGCACCAGGACGUGGACCCCACGGAGCACUUGUUUGAGAAUGGCGGCGAGUUCACCCCAGAGCUGGAGGACGGUGAUGACCCUGCAGCUUAUGUCACUAACCUGUCCUAUUACCACCUGGUGCCCUUCGAGACAGACAUUUUGGACUGAGCCUCUUCAUCUGGCCUCUCCUGCCUCUGCCCUUGACUGUACAUUGCGGUGGUGUCCACAGAGGCCCUGGUGAUCACAGCUGCUGCUCACCCCGCUGCCUUCUAGGGGUCCCGGGCCCCAUCCGUGAAGCCUGGGCAUUUCACAGGUGGAGCCACCAGCCUCCCACUGGCUACAGGCAAGGAGCAGGACUCAGCAACCUUGGCACCUGUUGCCACCGGGGAUCGCCACACAGGAGGCCACUCAGCAUGCUCUCCUGAGGGGUCUUCUAUGCACCACAGUCUGCCUCGCCUCUCCCGGGACUCACUCACUGGCCACUUUCAGAGUCUGCAGGGCAUGUGCUCCACUGGGCUCCCUCCCACUGUUACUGCCCCUUCGAAGGAACAUCUGUUGUGGACGGGUGACCCCGGGGCCACCCACCCACCCACGCUGAUUCCCUGCCACUCUCUCCCAUGUCAGAGGCACCGGAUGCCAAGUUCUGGACUAUGUAGGAGAUGUUCAGGAAUCCGGGAUUUCCCAGGGUGUGUGGCUUUCAUUUUGGCUUAACAUGCUCUUUCUGGACAGUGGGUUUGGGUCACCCUAGAGUCAUAUGUGCAUGGGGAGAACUGGACAGAAAGGAGAAAGCACCAAGAAUCGAAUGUACCUGUGAACUUGGCCUGAGAGUAAGGUGCUUCCCAGGAGGAAAAAAGUCCUUUUCCAGCCAUGAACUUCUCAGUCCUGCAGUGUGGGGCUCGAUGCUGCAACCAGGGGCAUCUGAAUCUCCUGUCUCAUGCACCCAGUGACUUGGCUAUAGCAGCCUGAAGGGCUGGGGGCAGGAAGAAGCUCAAGGCUCUGAGGCCACCUCGGAUGCACGGUCUAGGUCCCCACACAGUGUCUACUAACGGCCAGCAUUUGCUAAUGUAAAUAAUAGUAAAUUAUUGAGAAUUCUAAUUCUUUUACACAGUCUGUUUUUAAUCUAUUUUAAUUAAAUAAAAUCUGUUACUCUGAACUAUUUAA